CCCUGCCUGGUGUUGAGGGGGAGGGGCCGUGAACGGAUCAGGGAAGUAGGCCAGGAGCCCAGGCGGCUAGUGCAGGCCGCGGAGCGGGAAUGGAGGGCACGACCGGGCUCACGGUCGGGUCCAGGGAGUAGGCACGGGGCUGAGGAAGGAGGUCCGGGACCCCGGAUACGCAGCCUGGCAGGCCUCGGUGCACCAUUACAGGGCGGCGACGGCGGCAUGUGCGAGGGCCCGUCCCGCAUUUCGGGGCCCAUCCCCCCAGACCCUACUCUCUGUCCUGACUACUACCGACGGCCCGCCUCGGCCCAAGGGCGCCUUGAAGGAAACGCGCUGAAGCUGGACCUGCUGACCUCGGACCCGGAUCUGGACGCCACCCCGCCCCGCGGCCCCCGCAUCCGUCCCGGAGCCAGAGAGAUCCUGGAGCGAGGCCGAUGCGGCGUGGGGGGCAUGUUGCUGCAACUUGGGGGUAUUUCCCUAGGCCCAGGGGCCUCUCCCAAGAGGAAGGACCCUAAAGACCAUGAGAAGGAGAACCUGAAGAGGAUCAAGGAGAUCCAGAGGCGCUUCCGUGAGCAGGAGCGCAGCCGGGAACAGGGCCAGCCCAGGCCCCUGAAGGCUCUGUGGCGCUCACCCAAGUAUGACAAAGUUGAGUCCCGGCUCAAGGCCCAGCUGCAGGAGCCUGGCCCUGCCUGUGGGACAGAGACCGUGCACUUCCUGCGGGCACACUCUCGCUGUGGCCCUGGGCUCCCACCACCCCGUGUCCCCAGUCCCCAGCUAACCCCACCAGAUCCCAAAGCCAAGGGGCCAAGCUUGGGUGUGGACUUCAUUAGCCACAAUGCCCGCACUGCCAAGAGGGCCCCCCGGCGGCAUUCCCGCUCGCUGCAGGUCCUGGCACAAGUGCUGGAACAGCAACGGCAAGCCCAGGAGCACUACAACGCCACACAGAAGGGUCACGUGCCCCAUUACUUGUUGGAGCGUAAGGAUCUGUGGUGACGGGAGGCUGAGGCCCGCCAACAUAGCCAGCCGGAUCCUGCCAUGCCCCCUGGCCACACUCGCAUGCCCGAGAACCAGCGUUUGGAGACACUAAGCAAUCUGCUCCAGAGCCAGAGCCAGCUGCUGCGUGAGCUGGUGCUGCUGCCUGCCAGGGCAGACUCAUUAAGGGCCCAGGGCCAUCGUGCUGAGCUGGACCGGAAGCUGGUGCAGGUAGAGGAGGCCAUCAAGAUUUUUUCCCGCCCCAAGGUCUUCGUGAAGAUGGAUGCUUGAGCCCUUUUAUAGGGGUAGUGACAGGGGUCCUAGCUGAGGAUCACUGCAUGGUUGCAAAGGACAGGGUCAGGCCCCAUCAUAGAGUCCAAAGACAUAAGCAGUAGGUGGGGAACAGUAUCCCCACAGCACUUUUCUUAGCCACUGGUGGCUGCAGAAGGGCCCUCCUAGCCCAGCCUCUUAAUCCCUUUGUCAAAAUUAAACUUUUUAUACACAGUGGGA